GCCCAUGCGAUUGUUAUGGUUUAACCCGUCAAAUAGAACCAUGAGAACAAGAAUACGACCUUAUGACUAAAAAUAAUUUGACAGCUCACCUCAAAUGGCUGUUGCAGCAAGGCCCUUCCCUUUACCCCUCCUUAUCUCCGUCCGCGCACGAGUUUCAUAGCACGGCAGACCGAACAUAUCCUACUGCCCCGGUUCCACCGUCGGGGGUCUUGGCCAGCCAGCCAGAGGGCAUCAGAAUCGAUGAUUUACAACCGAGUAUCAGGCCAGCGGCUACAAGCGAUGUGAAAGAAAAGGAGGAGGUAGAUUCAGACACCGAAAUGGCCCGAUUGCUUCUUACUCCGGGAUCCGGACGCAAACCGCGGAUGCUCAGUCUUGCUAAAGACUCUGUCCCGCCCACGCCGAAACCUUUCAAAAGUAGUCAGUCUGCAAAAUCGCCUGCGAGAAAACGGGAGGAUGUUUCGGGCAUGAGGAUCAAAGAUGACCAGAGUCCCCGUUCUACUAUUCGCAGUCCGAGGACGCAUGCCUUGACGCCUUUCGGAUCGAAGCGGCCACUGCGUGUCAAAUCGCCAAUUCCCGAGAUCGAUAUUGAUACGAUUGACUUGACUGGCGACUUUGAUCAAACCACCUUCUCGUCUAGCACUUUCGAUGGGUUCGGUGAGCCACGUCCGUUAUGGACCGAAGACGCUGCAUCCCGACCCGAGCCUCUCGAGAAGCGUGGAAAGAAGCGGAAGAGCGAUGAGUACAUGUCUGAUCUUGUUUCGCCACGCAAGAACAACUCGAAAGUGCGCUCGCCGUUGAAGGCUGUUGAAACCGCGAAAUCCAAUUCCACUCCCACGCGUCUCCUACACAAAAAGUCACCUCGUACGACCAAGAAUGAUACUGCGUCCCGUCGGAUGAAGGAACCGGCAGCCGCUCCUCCACUUUCCCAGGGCUCUCGCGUGGAUCAUGUCAUUGCUGACUCUGAUGACGAUGGUGAUGAUAACCUGUUCGACGACUGGAUUCAUGACGGAGAUGGCCCGACUUUAGACUCCAAUGAGUCUCUGUAUCCAAUCCUGCCUAAUCAAGAUAGCGCAGAUGAGCAUGCGGAUGUCAGUCCUGUGAGAAGAACGACACGUGCUUCUCCGCCGGCAUCUGACGUGAUGGACAUCGUCCCUUCGAGCACUCGCAAAUCCAAGAAGGAGAAAUUAGCCACCCCUAGUCAGGUUACUCAUGUACCUGCUUCUACCAACUCGCCCGCGUCCCAACCUCAGAACGAAGAGGUGGCAAAGUUCUUGGGCCUCUCAGCAGAAUUCCUUGAAGGAGCCAUUGCAAGUCUCAAGAAUACGCUUACAAAGAACUCUGAGAUAGUGUAUGAACGGGCAAUGAAGGGAGAGCUCGCCCCUGACUUGAUCGCCGAAAACAAGGCCCUCACGGACCGUAUAGAAGCGAUUGAAUUAUUAAAGCAACAUAGGGUUGCCUACCAAUCCCACGACUCAAAGAGAAAUAUGCUUAAGAAAAGAAUCAUGGAGGUCAUUACACAGGGCGGGGAUCCCCACACGAUGCCAGAGCUGACGGAAAGUCGAGAAGCAACAACUCGGCUAGAAAAGGUUGAGUCAAACAUACAACUUCUGCUUGCACGAUCUAAGUUGAUGUCUAUUCAACCAUCUAACGCCGGUAUUCUUGCUCGUGGACUGGAACGGCCAAUCCCGUUGGCUCGCCCAUCUUCUGUGUCGACCAGUGCGAUGGAUGACACGAUACUAUCAGGACCAUCCUCUCGAUCUCUCACACGGUCAACAACGGACUACAAUGGCUCACGGUCUGAGAUAUCAACCCGAGUUUCAGAGUUAUCCUUCAGGAAUACCAAUGGGACCUCGAGUCACAGGGCAUUUGACUACGAUGACCCUACGACUCUGGAUGACGAGGACGCUUUUACUCGAACUAUGGGCUCACCCACGCUUCCUGCAGAAGAGGCAGAUGAAUUUGACUUGGAUGAUGAAGAUAUGCUGGAAGCGGCCGGGUUUCUCGAUGAUACCUAUUCAUUCGCGACAGAUGGUCACGAGCCUCAGAGUCGCAAGGUUUUCGCUGAAACUUCCGGUAACGUCUCCCGGGUUCCUCCGUCGCAACAGAAGUCACAAAGCCAUACAACUCUGUGGAACCAACAUCCAUGGUCCAAGGACGUCCGGAAUGCUCUGAAGGAUCGUUUUCAUCUUCGUGGUUUCCGUCUUAAUCAACUCGAGGCUAUAGACGCGACUUUGAGCGGGAAGGAUACAUUUGUCCUGAUGCCCACGGGGGGAGGCAAGUCUCUGUGCUACCAACUACCCUCUGUGGUCACUUCUGGUUCAACGAGAGGAGUCACACUUGUGGUAUCCCCACUGCUUAGUUUGAUGCAGGACCAGGUCUCUCAUCUGAAACGAUUGAACAUCAAGGCGUAUUUGUUGAAUGGAGAGACACCGAGGGAACAACGGCAAUGGAUCAUGAGCACCUUGUCGGGCUCCAUGCCGGAGGAAGACAUUGAACUGUUAUACAUUACACCGGAAAUGAUCAAUAAAAGUCAGGCCAUCACUCGAAGCUUGGAGAAACUCAACCGCAGUCGCCGGCUCGCACGUCUUGUCAUUGAUGAGGCGCAUUGUGUCAGUCAGUGGGGACAUGACUUUCGUCCUGACUAUAAGGAGCUUGGAGAACUCAGGGAUCAGUUGCCCGGAGUCCCCAUGAUGGCACUGACAGCGACCGCAACUGAGAAUGUUAAAGUGGACGUCAUUCACAACCUGAAGAUGGAAGGUUGCGAAGUGUUCUCCCAGAGCUUCAACCGGCCGAACCUGACGUAUGAGGUGCGGAUUAAGAAAAAGGGGACCGAGCUGCUGGCCAGCAUAGCCAAUACCAUCAAGACCUCAUACCCGAACAAGUCUGGCAUAGUCUAUUGCCUCUCCCGAAAGACAUGUGAAAAAGUCGCGAGCAGCCUCCGCGAUGAGUAUCGCAUCAAAGCAGCACAUUAUCACGCUGGUAUGGACUCAGAAGCACGUGCAGAAGUUCAACAAGGCUGGCAAGCUGGAAGGACUCACGUUAUAGUUGCGACGAUCGCUUUUGGGAUGGGCAUCGACAAACCCGAUGUACGUUUCGUAAUCCACCACAGCAUUCCCAAGAGUCUGGAGGGAUAUUACCAGGAAACGGGGCGGGCUGGCCGAGAUGGGAAGCGGUCCGGCUGCUAUCUCUAUUACUGCUAUAAGGACACAACAACCAUAUCAAGCAUGAUCGACAAGAGCGACGGGAGCAAGCAGCAGAAGAAUCGACAGCGACAGAUGCUCCAUAAUGUCGUACAAUACUGCGAAAACAAGAGCGACUGCAGGAGAGUGCAAAUCCUUGCCUACUUUAAUGAGCACUUCCGUCGACAGGACUGCACUGGCUCUUGUGAUAAUUGCAAGUCCGAUUCUGUCUUCGAGCUACACGACUUCUCCCACCAUGCUGCCUCUGCCAUAAAGGUCGUUCGCUACUUUCAGAGCAUUGAGGACAAGGUUACCAUGCCGUACUGUGUGAACAUCUUUCGUGGAAGUGUGAAGAGGUUUAGAUCUCCUCAACACCGACAGGCUCCUGGCCACGGAGACGGUUCGGACUUAGAACUGGGGGAGGCGGAAAGGUUAUUCCACAAACUCCUUGGCGAGGGGGCUCUGGUCGAAGAAAAUGUCGUCAAUGGCAGCAAAUUUGCUAUCCAGUACAUUAAACUGGGGCGGCGGGCCGCUGAUUUCGAAAGCGGGCGCUGUAAAUUGAAGCUCGACGUACGAGUUUCACCGAAUGGCAAGGGCCGGAGGUCGACUGGAGGAUCUCGGACUGAUGGCAACAAAGAGUAUCAUCCGCAAUCCACGAAUGUCUCGUCACCUGUACAAGCGGCAAAUCAGCGUCGUCUCGCUCGCUUCCAGUAUCGCGGCGCUGAGGGGGACUCCACUGCGGAUGAGGACAGCGAUGGUUUUGAAAGGAUCCGAAUUGGCGGCAAACCAAUCCAUGACAAAAGACGUACCCCCGGUCCGCCGAUCACCCAGGACCGUCGGUUUGAGCAGCUGGAUCCUCUUCACAAGGCAGUUGCGGAGGAUUUCAUGGUUUACGCCAAGAACUAUUGUCAGGAUCUGGUACUGCAGAAAGGCCUUCGGAAUCAACCAUUUACGGACAGCAUCCUGCGUGAGAUGGUCAUUGUUUUCCCUAAAGACAUGUCGGAACUUGCCGCGAUUCCAGGCAUUGAUGUGGACAAAGUACACCGCUAUGGAGCCCAAAUUCUCAAACUUGUCCGCGACACGCAACGCCGUUACGCGGAGUUGAAGAAGGAGCAGGAUGAUGCCGAUGGGGUGGUUCCUGAUCCCAACCAUCACAACGUAAUCAACCUUACCAGUACCGAGGAUGAAUUCAGCGAUGGCGGUAUCUUUACAGACCAUGGGGCGACGCUUAAUCUCGAUGAGACCGUAUCUAGUCGGUAUUUCUCCCAACAAACCGCUGGCCUCGACUCUGCCGACGAGGAGGACGGUCCUGGGAAGUCCAGUAGACCUAGGUCUCGGAAACGUCCAACGAGCAAGCGCCCUCGUCAGAAGAGUGCUGCUCCCAGAUCUAGGACGAAGACAUCGGGAGCCAGAAGAAAAUCUGGUGAUCGCACCGAUAACCGUGCCUCAUUCCCUCGCAAAGGCGCCAAGGCGAAACAGUCAACUAGUCGAAUUGGAAUGAUGCCGAUUUGACGGCUUGGCCGCAUCCCCGGCUUUCAUAAUGAAUUUUACGGUAUUGCAGUGACACUUGUGGUUCUUUAGGGCAUGUAUAGGCGUUACGCUGUGGGGGAUCAAAUAUUGGUGUGAUGACUGUACUAGGCGCCUUGGCUUUUCGUGAGAAUAUAUACAGCCUGUUUUCUUCUUCGUCUGAUUAUACCCUAGAUGUUAUGUAUUAUACGGUGUCAUGCUGCCGUUGUUCAAUCGUCUAAUGAGCGCCCGAAAUCAAUCAACCUU